AUGAGUAGUCAGCAGCUACAAGCUUUCAACAAUCAACAAAACCAAGCCUGAAUGAACCCGGUAAAACCUAUCAUUCCCCCUAAGCCGGCACCUCCUCCUAUAUUUAGUUAUGAGCAGAAUAAUUCAUAUAAUGCACCUAAACAUAUUCCUAUGUCUGGGGGAAUGCCUGUAAAUCCUUCACAGCCUAAUUUUUCUGGCCAAAGUAUGCAGCUUCAAGGUCAGCAGUUUCAGCAAGCUCAAGUACCUAUUUUUAUAAAUAACCAGCCACGCCAAGUAGAAAGGUUUAACGAAUAUCCAGAGAGUUCUAUAGAAAGCUCGAAAUCUUCUGAGUCCAGCUCUAUUUAUAUUUCAAAUGGUUUCAACCAAAGCUAUAGACCUCAGAUGUUGGGAAAUUCGAGACAAGUUCCAGGUGCGAUUCCUUUAAAUACACCUGCUCAAUUUAUCCCAGCCCCUAAACAAAUUGGGAUGGUAAGCAAGCCUGCUAUUCAGCCUAGUCAGCAAAUUAGCCAGCCUUUUAAUAUCUCUAAAAGCCAGCCUAUGAAUCAGCCUUUUAGCCAGCCUACGAAUCAGCCUUUUAAAUUCCCUAUUAAUCAGUCUAGCCCUGAAAGACAGCCUCAAAUUUAUGAACCUGCAAAGCAGCCUAAUACCUUCAAUAUUAAUCAGCCUAUUAGAGAGCCCAAUAUCCAGCCAAUUAGCCAGCAAUCUCAAGUAUCUUCAUCAACUUAUCGUCUAAAUACAGCGCCUGAUGACGGUCCAUCAUCCGCAAGCCAGCUAGGAUAUUACAAACCAUACACACCGCCUAUUAAUCAACCAAAUAGGGUACCCCCAGUAAUAAACCCCUCUUCAGCAAAAUGGGCUUGCUAUAAACAAGGGAUUUACAACGAAUUCUCACAAUCUAAUUGUAAAAUGAUAGAAACAGCUUAUGAGGAAAAUAAAGAAUAUAUCGUCUUGGCACUAAAUGAUGGGGAUUAUUUAUUGGACUUAAAAAAAUCCCAAUUAAGGAAACUUGAGACAAACAGUGAGCCAUUCAUAAAGAUGGGAGGUGGGCUUUCAUGAAAAUGGAAAAAUGAGGAUGGAAAUUGGUGGGAUUACUCACCUGAGGACAAUGAAAUUAUUGAGACAGCCUAUAAAAAUUAUAGGGAAAGAAGAGGAGGUGAUCAAGUGACAUUAAGCAAUCCGAAAUAUCAGGUUAAUUUGAAAGAAUUUAUACAAGUAAAUAUAGAAACAUGGUUUCAAAGGGAAAUAUCAAGAUUUGUAGAUGAUUUUAAUGAUAAACAUAGUUAUAUUGAGUUUUAA